AUGCAAGACAUCCCAGACAGGAUAGAACUGACCGGGCACGCAGAUGAAUCCACGAUAUCCGCAAUGGCGGACACCAUCAAGCAGGGGUACCCAGACACACCCCUGAGGCUGGGCUUGACAAUCCCUGGCACUCUGCAUGUGGAGAAAUCACCCAGUCAAAUUGAUUCUGCCAACGCACUGGACAGUUUCAAAGUCAACUCCCUUGGUCCAUUGCUUCUCAUGAAACACCUGUCGCAAUUUGUCCCACUCAAGACUGCACCGGCGUUUGCAACGCAGUCCGAUACAACAGACUCCCGAAACCCCUUGCCACUGCCAUCACAUGCCAUCUAUGCCAUGAUGGCAGCUCGCGUGGGCUCGAUCUCCGACAACGCUGCGGGCGGGUGGUAUUCAUACCGCGCGAGUAAAGCAGCGGUGUUCCAGUUGGCCAAAUCAUAUGAUCUAUACCUGCGGACAAAAAGUGCGGAGAGGGCGAUUGCAGUGGCGCUGCAUCCGGGGACUGUUCGGACGGAGUUCACGAAGGAUUUCUGGGGAGGAAGGGAUAUGCUGGAGCCGGCCGACGCAGCUGGAAGGUUACUGGAAGUUCUCGUCGGGUUCUCGUCGGGGGCGAAGGAAGGGAGAGGACGGUGUUGGGACUGGAAGGGCGAGGAGGUUUUGCCUUGA